UAACCCCGGGCCUUCUGUUUAAACUGUUGGAUCAAACGAAUGGACUUGUCCGAACGGUCAAAGGGCUUUCAUGUUGCUGGACAGAUGUAUCUGGGUUUCUGAGAUAUAUGGGGGCACGCAUGCCUGCUCUGUGGACACUGGGUGACCACUGACUCGGGUGUAUUCGACGAACGCGACAGACCUCGCAGUAGGAGUCGCCGCCUCAACCGCGGUGUGUGGAGCUGCGGACAAUGGGCUAUGACGUGGACCGCUUCGUAGGUAAAGUGAACGAAGGCCUGCUUUGCUGUGUGUGUCGUGACGUCCUAGAAGACCCCCAGCAAGCACCUUGUGAGCACGCGUUUUGUCGCAAGUGCAUUCUCGGCUGGCUCGAGAACGAGGCUUCCUGUCCAGAAGACCGCCAUCCAUUACGUCCGUCAAACUUACGCCCCUUGUUCCGGUACAUGAAAAACGACCUUGUCAGGUUGCGCAUCCGGUGUAAGAAUUUCCGUAAAGGGUGUGAGCACGUCAGCAAUCUGGAGACUGUAAGCAAACACGAGGAGGUAUGUCCUCAAAAGCCGGUGCCAUGCCCACACAAGGGGUGCACGUGCACCGUCAUCCCUGCAGAGCUCGAGCAGCACGUGCUGAAGUGCGAGUUCGGCAGCCGAGAGUGCACAAAGGGCUGCGGUCUUACUGUGAGUUCGUUGGAUGAGCGUGAACAUAACUGUAUUGCCGAACUCCGGUCAAAUAUCCAACUGUUGCGGUCGGAGAUGAUCUGUCGCCUUGACGACCAGAAGAAGGAGAUGGAGUUGCGGCUAGACAUGCAGAGAUGUCACAUGGUGGCGAGGGAGGCAGCACUGCAGGCCAACAUUGACGAGCUGAAGGAAGACAUCAGCAAGAUCAACCAGAAGGUUAAAAUUCUCCUGGAGCUGGAGCUGAAGAGAAGACACGACCUGGAGAAGAUGCACACGGAGCGACGCGAGCUGCUUGAGGUGUUGCGGGAAAUUCAGACACAACACGACGAGUCUCAGCAGACGACAACACCAACAACCUGCCGACAUUGCAGCAACAGCAACAAGGGUGGUAAGGUCACGACCUUAUAGUCAUGCAAACAGGGGAGAUAACUCCGGCGACCAGAGAAUGUUUUCUCUUGCUGCUUGGCAAGGGAGGAACGACAUGCGUGCCAAUCAAGGCAAUAUAUAGAAACUCUCCGAUGUAGUGCUUGAACAAAAGAUACCUCAAUGCCUAUUGGACUCGACUGAUUUGAAUGAAUGUGAUUGAUAGUGGCGUGCACAGAGACAGCUGCAAUGUUUUCAUCGAUAUUUGAAUUUGCACCCGUGAAUUCCACAAGGAUUGAAUCCACAAGAUCCAAUGGAAUAUAUUUUCCUACUUCGCUUGUGUUUGUUGAAGAUAUCAGCUGUCCAUGUAACAACAUUCAAUUCACAGUAUUGAUUUUAAAGGCUGGCACAGUGAACGCCACAACCACGUCCUCAAGUGAUGCAACAGCGUCGACACUGGUGCCUCCAGCAUCCCCAACGUCCUUUAACGUGAGUGUUCCACAUCGCGUCAUGAAAAGUGAUGUCUUAAGUGCUACAGAGGACAGAGCAUGGUGUCAAACAUCAUGUCAGAUACCCUGGGCCCGGUCGCACAAAAUGAGCUAAGCACUGCAGUUACGACCCUUAUAAUCCGAUUUGGUACUCCGAAGUGAUACCGGUGUGGAAUAAGAGUACAAUCAUCUGAUUAUCAUGGGGUUGCGUUAUGCUUAUCAUCGUCCUAACACUGUGGUCGUUUGUGCAGGCGGGUCAAGGUUGAGACGCUACAUGGUAACAUCGACCACGAAUUUGGAAAACGUUAAGAUGGUUACUGUUAUAUCUGUAACAACCAUUGUGUGGAUUCUUGUGUGGAUCACACAAUGGAUUGUUGUGUGGAUCAUACAUGGAUUGUUGUGUGGAUCAUACAUGGAUUGUUGUGUGGAUCAUACAUGGAUUGUUGUGUGGAUCAUACAUGGAUUGUUGUGUGGAUCAUACAUGGAUUGUUGUGUGGAUCAUACAUGGAUUGUUGUGUGGAUCAUACAUGGAUUGUUAUGUGGAUCAUACAUGGAUUGUUGUGUGGAUCAUACAUGGAGUGUUGUGUGGAUCAUACAUGGAUCUUGUUUUAAGACUCUGAAACAUUCCACAAACGAAGGCCGCUAUUUACUAUUUAGUGACCAUUGAUGGUGUUUAGUUGAUUCUGACGCUGUGUAAAUGAUUUAGCUGACAAUGUCCUUGGUACAUAAUGUGCAUUUAUUGUAGUCUUCCUGGAUACAAGUUCUUGUCUUUUUGUAAGAUGGUUUGGUAACCGGAAACACAUUUCUGGAGUCCCUGUCAUGAUAUUGCUAAACGCGACAUAAAACUACACAUACAGAUUCUUGGUGUCUUCGACUAUACAUAAGACCAGGUUAUACGGAAUUACAGAUCCCCAACUGAUCUUAACAACUUUUUAUGCACAUAUUAUUGUAUAAAUACACAGUUAGACCAUGUUCCAGAAUGUCAUUACGGAAACACGUUAUAUUCUGGUCCCACAACGCAUGCGUCACCGGAAGCCAGAUAUUACUACGAUUUUAGAUACACCAACCAUACAGUGUUAAAUCAAUAUAUCGAAUAACGGACAUAAGUUAAUAUGUUACACAGUGUGUGAUGUGUCUACGUAAUAUGUCCGAUGGCUUGUCUAGUCUUGUUUUCAGUCUUUUACUUGAUAUUGAUCGCCUGUCUUCUGAACCCUAUGUCGAUUUGGGUGCUGUUUAUCUCCGCCAUUGUGACACGUGGUCAUCCUGUAAAACCGCUUGCAUAAUAUUUAGGACCAAUUUUCCGUCUUAUUCUAUCCAAUGAGUUGUAGGUGAAAUAACAUAAUACUAUGGCUGUGAAGGUAUUAUGACAAUCAUGUUGGUGUCUAGAUUUCCCAGACAACCAGGGGGAGACAACUUCUGAGAGAACACGUCCUAAUUAUUCUUGACUCUAAGGGACUAAACCCUGGUUCAACCCAUGGGGUUUACCAAGACAGUGGGCUCGUCUACAUUUGUGGUUCAGAAAGUAAAUAUUUUGAAUUAGCGGGGCUCCCCUGGUUGUCUGAACACCUCAGUUCCAUUCUCCCUGUCCAUGAGUACCUCAGGAAUAUGGCGAAAAUAUAUGUGGUAUAUCUGCAAAUACCUCCCCAAAAGUUAUCGUUUACAAGAAAAUGCCUUGACUUAUGAUGCGAAUUAUCAUUUCUUUAGGACACCAAGAGGUCAUUAUUGUCAAUAACAUGCUGCCUAAACUGUGUCCAUGUUCUUACAGUGGCACCCCGUCAAUGUGGACUUAUAUGACACGGUUAACAAUCUACAUAGGACAGGAACCAGUAACAACGAUUUAUUAAUCCGGUCGUUUCUUAUUCCGGACGAUUUGAAUGGGAAUGUUACUGUCCUGGUUAGAGAGGUUUCACUGUUCUCAAGGCUCAUAGUCUCGAAGAGACAUUAUUGGUGUCAAACAAUUUACUGAUAUGUCUACAACAAUGUACUUUGAAGGAACCUCCUGUUUUUGGCAUAAUGAUCCACGUGUAUUACGGUCUAGAAGGAGAACACAAGCAACGAGACGAGCAUCCUCGACACACAGGGGUAUAAUAUUGGACAUACAUGUAGUAAAUAUAUAUUAUCGGUGGAACGUUAUAUCCCUGAUUGUCGAGGAUGGUACGCACUAAGUUACUACCCUGAAACAAACCGUUGGUGAAAUAGCUUUACUAAUUUAAACAUUCUCUGUACAUUUCGCUGAUAUUGUUUCUGUUCAUGAACGUAACGUUUUGUCAUAUAUCGUACAAUGGUGGGGAACUAUGUUUCGUAAAUGACUUUCUAAGAAUACAUAACCAAUUACGGAACUUGGGAAGUGGUGCCAAGUGAAUUAUAGAUGUUUAACAUGCGGCGAAAUCUAUUUUAGCAGCAGACACCACCUGAAAGAGUUUAUGCAAGACAGCAGCAUUUUGUAUCAUUCAAUGGAUGCAUUCUGUACAUACGACUGUCUCAAUCUUGGAAUUAUAUUAUUCAGUACAACAGUUGAUAUAAA